GAUCAAAAUAGCAGGAGGUCAUCCCUACAUCUAUCCAAGACCAGUAAAAAUCAUUAAACUCUCCAAGCGAUAAAAAAUUUCUGGACAAUUGAAAACAUUAAAUCCCAAGAUCUCCAAAUAAUCAAAAAAUUGAGUAGUAAACAUCCAGCAAAAUUCACAGCCAAUAUAGAGCAAUUAACUUCUCCAAGAAAUCCAAAAAGGCGAUCGAAAACUCAAAGUUUACUUUCAAGAUCAUUUAUUCACCGAUAACAGCAUCAAAAUCAUCAACAGCCCAUCGACAAUCAUCAUUUUCUCAUUGUGGAAGCUCACCGAUCGUUGGAAAACUUUGAAAGGAUCGAGACUUGCCCGAACUUGCUCCUAAGAAAACUCGAAAAUUAGAGCUAAAAUCAAAACGAAAAUUGAAUCAUUAAUUGGAUCAAUCAGUCAGGAUGUCUCACAAUCAAUCGGACAACGAGGACACCAGGAUGUCCCUGUCAGACCCAGAGUCCAUUAAAGAGAACCCCGAGGAGGCAAGAGAGCUCUCAGGAAAUGAAGACGGUGAAGAGGAUGAGGGAAAACGAGUAGACCCAGCAACAUCAAAGAAGAGGAUAACUCGUCGAGAGAUUCCAACAUUGAAUCCAGCUCGCCUGAAAGGACCCAAGGGUGUGGCAACGAUUGAGAAGUACUUCGAGGGCUUCAAAUUCCACGGUAAGGGUCACGAGAAGGCGGACCUGGACCGAGUUAUGAAGCGUUUGGAGCACUGGGCGCACAGGCUCUUCCCCAAGUACGAGUUUGACGACUUUCUGGAGAAGGUGGAGCACUUGGGAACGAAGAGGGAACUCCAGACAUACCUGACGAAGUACAGGAAAGACAUGCUGACUGAUGAUCAGGCCAUGGAGGUGGAGGACGAGCAGAUGGGCGAGGAGAGGGCAAGAUCCCCUGAGCCUGCCGAUGAGUUUGACAUGCUGAUUGCUGAGCAGAUUGAGAGAACGAAGCAGGUGAGCAGUCACCUAGGGAAGGAGAGCCCACGGGUGAUGGAGGAGUCUGAUGAGGAAGUUAAGAGGAGGACGGAGGCAAACAGAAAGAUGGCGAUGGAGAGGAGGCUGGCGAAGAUGAGGGAGAGGGAGAGAGUUGAGGCUGAGAAAGAAGCGAGUGAAGUCGAUGGUGAGUCUCAGGGAUUCAUCUCCCAAAAAACUGGAGAGACAGAGGGGAACACUCAGGAGACAGCAGCUCUUGGUGAAGAUGUUGAUGAAGAAGAGGAGAUGAGGAAGAGGAUCGCGAGGAACAGGCAGUUGGCGAUAGAGAGGAGACUGGCCAGAAUGAAACAGAAGUUAGUAGAGGACACACAGAAUCCAUUGGAAAACGUAGAAUCGUCAGGCCCUCCUGAUGUUGAAAGCAAGAAGACAGCUGAAGUUUCGCAUGAACUUGGUGGAACUCAACACGAUUACGAAGCCUCGGAAGACGUUGGAGAAGUGGAAGUAGAUGGAGAUAAGAUGGAGCUGGGUAAGGAGAUGACAGGAGAAGUGGAGAAAGAAGUAUCGAUGAAUGAAGAAAGCCUGGACACUUCGAAAAUAUCGACUGCCUCGUCUUCUGGUCUCACCCAAACCACUGCCUCGAAGAAACUGCUGACUGAGGAGGAGCUUGAUAAGGAGAUUGGCGCUGUUGUGAACAUGUUUGUCAAGGGCAAUCGUUCGUCCCUUCAAUAAUUAAUUCCAUUCUCGGAGAUCCUUAAGACGUUCCAUUUUUUAUUCGUUAUUUGGGAGAUUUCUAAUGCACAUAUGAUAUAAUAAAGACCAUUUGUACUACAAAA